AUGGAGCCCAUCAAGGUCCAAUCAGAAGGUGGACUGAAUGUGACCCUCACCAUCAGGCUGCUGAUGCACGGCAAGGAGGUUGGAAGCAUCAUAGGAAAGAAAGGAGAGACUGUGAAGAAAAUGCGCGAAGACAGCGGAGCCCGUAUCAACAUCUCAGAGGGGAACUGCCCUGAACGGAUAGUCACCAUCACCGGGCCGACAGAUGCUAUUUUCAAAGCCUUUGCCAUGAUAGCCUACAAGUUUGAGGAGGAUAUAAUCAAUUCCAUGAGCAACAGUCCAGCCACCAGUAAACCCCCUGUAACCCUGAGGCUUGUCGUCCCAGCCAGCCAGUGUGGCUCCCUCAUUGGCAAAGGAGGCUCCAAAAUCAAAGAAAUGAGAGAGUCCACGGGAGCCCAGGUCCAGGUUGCAGGUGACAUGCUCCCCAACUCCACCGAGAGAGCAGUGACGAUCUCAGGGGCCCCAGAAGCCAUCAUCCAGUGUGUCAAACAGAUAUGUGUGGUGAUGCUUGAGUCCCCACCGAAAGGUGCCACCAUUCCCUACCGCCCCAAGCCUGCCUCCACCCCUGUCAUUUUUUCAGGUGGCCAGGUAAGAGCAGACCCACUGGGGGCGUCCACAGCCAACCUCAGCCUCUUACUGCAGCACCAGCCACUGCCUGCUUAUACCAUUCAAGGACAGUACGCCAUCCCUCAUCCAGAUCAGUUGAGCAAGCUCCACCAGUUGGCUAUGCAGCAAACCCCCUUUACCCCCCUCGGACAGACCACCCCUGCCUUCCCCGCAGCAGGUCUGGAUGCCAGUAACCAGGCCAGUACUCAUGAACUCACCAUUCCCAAUGAUCUAAUAGGCUGCAUAAUCGGACGCCAGGGAACCAAAAUCAACGAGAUCCGUCAGAUGUCUGGGGCGCAGAUCAAAAUUGCUAACGCCAUGGAAGGGUCAUCGGAGCGCCAGAUCACCAUCACAGGGACCCCCGCCAACAUCAGCCUGGCCCAGUACCUCAUCAAUGCAAGGUUCAGAGACGUGGCGGCCAUGUGGAACGACCCAUCUUCCAUGACCACAUCCUGAGAUCCCUGACUGGCUCCUCCGUUUGGCCCUUUCCAAUGACUGACUACCGCAGACAACCCUGAUGAAGCCCUUUGGACUCUGGCUCUGGCUCUCCGAAAACCUCGACCACCUUCCCACCCUGGUUCAAAAUUGUUAGUGCAUCAGAGAGGGAUGGGUGCUCACUUUUAUUUCAGAGAGCCAAA